ACUUAAAUGUCACAUCAUACUGGGUCGCUUUUUUGUCUCAGGAAACGCGCACUUCCGUCUUUUGUUGCCUCAAGCAACUCAUUUUCCAUUUCCACACUAGAAACCAGCUUAACAAGAAGUUACAGUAAAAAGUGAACCCGCAUUUGGUUCAGCUAUGUUCAGGCAAAUAUGAAGUUUCUUCUAUUUUUAGACGCCUUAUCGUCAAACCAGCAGCGCAACUGCAAGACAGCCCAGUUAGCUCUGGGUGCAGAAGAGGAAGCUUGCUUUCAUUUUUUCUUAAACAGAAACGAGUAGGUGAUUUGAAGUGAAGUGCGGGGGGAGUAGAAAGAAGAAAAGUUCGUUUCUGUGAGGGUUUUUCCUGAAGUCUGAGGAGACUGAUGGAGUUUUCUGACCACAUCAAGACGGCCAACGUGGAGGAUGUUGUGCUCCGUCAGCCGCUGCACCCACCGAGCAGAGGGACCCUGUGCAUCACCGGUCACCACCUGCUCUUCUCGGACAGGGAGGAGGGAAGCUCCAGGCAGAUUCUGCUUCUGCUCAGGAAUAUCGAUGCCAUUGAGAAAAGUGUGGAAAACCUUUUGGGCUAUUCCGGCUUCCUCUCAAAAGCAGCCCACAGUGACAGGACGCCUGGAUCCUCCGGGACAAUCACCAUCAAGUGCAAAGAUCUGCGCGUGCUUCAGCUGGACAUUCCAGGCAUGGAGCAGUGCCUCAACAUUGCACACUCGAUUGAGACCCUGUCCUGUCUGGACAAUGUGUCGGAGAUGUAUCCUUUCUUUUACAGGCCCAAUGACCUCAGCCUGCGGGAGCAGUGGGGUCUCUCAACCCCUGAAAAACACUACACUCAAAUUAAGGAACUUCAUAAGAAAUGGAGGUUGAGCAGCGUGAACAAAACCUACUCUGUGUGCCCUUCCUAUCCUCCAGUAGUCAUUGUUCCAAACAGCAUCGACGAUGAAACGCUGAAGAAAGUGGCCAAAUUUAGGCAGGGUGGACGCUUCCCUGUCCUGUGCUACUAUCAUCGAAAGAAUGGCAUGGUGAUCAUGCGCAGCAGCCAGCCGCUGACGGGUGCCAACAAGAAACGCUGCAAGGAAGACGAACUCCUCCUUCAGGUUGUGAUUGAGGACUCAGAUAAAGGUUUCAUUAUUGACACUCGUUCAAGUCAGCAGGUUCAGCAGGCUCGGAUGACAGGCGGCGGCUUUGAGUCCAAAUCGUGCUACAGCCGCUGGAAGAGGCUUCACAAACAGAUGGAAAGGGGUAAGGCUCUGCAGGAGAGCCUGAUUAAACUGGUGGAAGCCUGCGGAGAUGAGUCCCACAACGUGGACCGCUGGCUCAGUAAGCUGGAGAAUUCAAAAUGGCUCUCUCACGUCCAGACUGCUCUGUCCGCAGCUGGCCUGCUGGUAGAGUGUGUGGAGAGGGAUGGUCAUUCAGCGCUGGUCCACGGCUAUGAAGGUACAGACUGCACUUUACUCAUCUGCACUCUGGCCCAACUCAUCAUGGACCCGAGCUGCCGCACGCUGGAGGGUUUCCUGGCUCUCCUGGACAGGGAGUGGCUGCAGGCAGGACAUCCAUUCCAGCAGCGGUGUGCCCAUUCAGCCUACUCCCACGCUCGCCUCCAGCAGGAGUCUCCAAUCUUCCUGCUGCUGCUGGACUGCGUUUGGCAGCUGUGGCGUCAGUUCCCCCUGGCGCUGGGUUUCUCUGAGGCGCUGCUCCUCAGACUGGCAAACGAGGUCUACGCUUCAGACUACGGCACGUUUCUGUGCAACAAUGACCAGGAAAGGUGUGCCCUAGAAGUGAAGGACAGGACUCACUGUUUGUUCCAGGCCUUGCUGAGGCCGCCUGAGCGGGAUUACUACUCAAACCCUCUGUAUGAACCCAACGAGCUGGCAAUCUGGCCCUCUGUUCACCCACAGUCCCUGCAGCUCUGGAGAGGCUUUUUCCUGAGGUGGACGCAGCAGGCGCGACAUCUUGAGGCAGUUCAGGAGGAAAUAAGGAGCAUGGUCAUUGAGUGGCACAGGGUGACACAGAGGUGACACCUCUACAAAGAAAUUAGGAUUUGAAAGAGAAAAUUAUUUCACAAAGCCAUAUUUGAAUUUUUUCCAUGUUUAAAUGUACUGUAUUUUUUUCCCGCCUUCAUAAAUCCUUUUUUAUGAAUCCUUUUUUUCUAAGAAUUGAGUGUUGUCGUCAUUUAUAUAUUUUUUUCCUUAGAAUUUAUUUAUUUUUUUAAAAUACAGAUCAUUAGUAUGGAUUGUUAUGAGACAGUAUUGGAUUAAAGCAUCUGGGAAUUAUUAAUACCUGCCUUAGUACAAUGUAAGAGCAAAUAAAUUUAUUAAACCUUAAUCAAACCUUCA